GUAUCCGUAGAUUGCUGACGUCACGCGCAAAUAACAUGGUGGCUCGCUUCGAAUGAAUGAGUGAAAUCGAUUCCAACAAAACAGAAAUUUUACGAACAUAACACAGAAAAAUGGUAACCGGGGCUGUUGCUGUUACGGUGAACCAUGGCAGAGCCGGGGACAGACGCUGCUGCUGGCUGCCCUGAGUUCUCUGAGCUGUGGAGGAAGAUCUCUGAGGGUGACCACAGCAAAAGACAGAGCAGGAGAGGCGCAGAGCAGAUGGCCGUCACAGCAACAGCACCGGGGUGGAAGGGUCUGCAGAGUCCUCGGUUCAGAGGCGGCAGCAGAUUCCCUGGCUCCAAUAAUGCAGAGUCUCCCGGAGAUGUUGAGGCUUCACAGGACAUUUUCUGGGACGGUGCAUCCCCAACUCAGACGGGUUCCGGAAACAUGAACACCAGAGCUGUGGAAAUCUCUGAAAUUGUUAACCGCAUCGCUCCAAAGAAUAUAAAACCCAAAGUGACUGAAUCCUCAUUGCUACACUGGAUCGACGAUGGUGCCAUGCCUUGCACUCCUGAUAUUCCGAAGCCACGAGUCAGGAAAAGGUCUUCUCGACAGAGCAGUGUGGAGGACCUCAUGAAACUUGCCAAACAGUUUGAUAAAAACAUGCAGCAAGACGAGGAGACUUCAGUCAAGCUAAAUACUGUCACCUGUAAACUUCAUGAAUCUAUAAACGCCUCUGAAAACAACUUGAAGGACCCAAAGUGUCCGUCCUCUUCAGAGCAGGCGGAGGCAGAGCUGCGCGCGCUGUUUGACUCGUCCACUCAAGGAGUCAGUGGCAGGUUGAGCGAGGACUCUGUCUCUUCACAGGACAGGAAGGACCAACCUGAGACUUUUGCCUUUGCUGUCCUCAAACAGUUAGAGCCCAAACCACCCGAGAAGCACUCUACAGAUAAUUUAGUCAACUUUGAGGAUGACUGGGACAAUGAUGACCUACUCAAUGACUCCUUGAUCCUGGCACUGACGCAGGAUCCAAAUGAUCCUCUUGAUGUUAAUCCUAAGAUGUCAGCAAAGUCUCACACAAACACUAAGAAGAUAGUGUCUGUUUUCCAUCCCACUAAGAACAUGGACCCUGCACAAAAGCCUUUCGAUAACCUCUGCAAAACUAGCUUCAGUUCGCUCCAGAAACUGUGCCCCAAACCCAAAACUACAAACCGAAGCACUUUCAAGUUGGAACCAAACCCUCACUUCCAGUCCAGACUGGAUGAGGAAGCUUCAAAGUCCAGCUUCACUGUUAUACAAUCCAAAUCAAAGGGCACAGAGCAGAGACCCACUAUCAUAAAGACAAUCUCAAAUCCCCUACCUGACAAAGUCACUAACAAGGUAACGUUUUUUUCACAGGCUUCUCCAGUUAAAGACAUUUCAGAUAGUUUAUGGGACGAUGGUGAAGAUGAUGUCCUCCUCUACCAGCUAUGCGACACUGUGGAGAGGAUUUCCAACAGCCAGCUGAAGGAAGCAAUUCCAAAACACUGUGAGGAAACACCAAAGGGGCCCAUAGAAAGAUAUCAGAACAGCACAGAUCUUCUUCAAGUCAACACAGAAUUCUCCGGGAGUUCUGGUGUCAGUGCAAACAGACGAUCAUCGGGUUCUUUUGUUCGUUCUAACUCUCUACCGGUGACUACCUGUAAAACCGGAGAGUGGAACAUUCCUUUGAAAGGUGCUGACCACAAAUCGAAAACUUCUCAAAGCUACCCGGGUGGUCAAGUUGGUGUGGAAAAGUUUAAGCACGGUAGAAAUUUCUCCAGAGCUUUUCAGGCUGAAAGUGGCAAUGUGGACAUGAAGCCUCAUACAGUGACCACCCGGCUCCCCCAGAACUCCAAGUUCCAUAAUACACCAUUCAAGAGAACUGUGUCUGACGCAGCCAUCACAAGCAACAAAGUUUUCGUCACCAGCCAGACCACAGGAAAGUGUUCUGCAGCUGAGAUCGAGAGGAAGAAGCAGGAGGCUUUGGCCAGGAGGCGGCUGAGAAUGCAAAACGCUUUAAAACCAUAGAACUCCUCCAUCCUGACUGACAAAAAAACCUUCUGACACCAUAACGAGCCACCAGUCAAUUUAUAUCAAACCAGCAGUGGCCUUGUUUAAGAAAACACAUUUUAUGUUUGUUUUUCAGCUUUGUAUAAAGAAGGGUAAGUGUUCAUAAUUCAGCUUUUUCUUAACUCUGUACCUUACAUAGUUCUAGUUAAAGGAAAGCUGCUGAUGUAAAAUGAUUAUUACAGUUUAUAGACAGCUUUGUUGCACACCUUGUUUGUGAUGCAGAGGUCACUAAAACAAGAAGUUCUUAUGAGACCCAUUUGCAGAAAAAAUAAUUUAGAUUAACUGACAACUGGCCAUACUGGUUAUCAUUUCAGCUUUCUGAACAACCCACUUGGGUCAGUUUCAUGUUGAUUUUGUUCAGGUUUGAAUAGUUGCAUCCCGUAGAUAAAUCUCAUUUCAUGACAACGUAAGUAAAAAAAAUAAAUAAAAACGCAGUGUUCAGAUAAUGGUAUCCAUCACUUGGUUUAUUAUGUACAGUAAAAAUGUGGAGUUGAUUUUUAGUGCAUCAGCCUGAAUUCCUGAAACUGUUUUUGUUGCAUACUUUUUAUUGGUCAACCAUCAACUUUACCAGAAGUAGAAUUUAGAACAUCACUGUGACUCUAGAAGAAACACUUUAAUCUUAGACAUUAGGACUGCACCUUUUGAAAGUGUUUCACAAUAAAUCAGUUUAACAGAACAAAAAUCAAUUGAUACUGUUUUAUUUGUAUUUUGAGCUGGAAGGGAUUAAAGGCCUCUUUAACCUCUU